AUGACGUCGCCGCUGAACGGACGCACCUACGCGUUCACUGGCGUGGCGAGACUAAAGGAAGAUGGAGACAUGCUUAAGCUGUACAUCAGUCAACUGAGAGAGAGGCAGCCAUGUUAUACUCCUACAACCGACUCGAUUGACCUACUAAAGGCAGGAGAUGGUGAUAUGAGCUGGGCUGAUAACCUUAAACUAGAG